CACCUGUAGGAGCUACUCAACUCUCGUUCCCGAACUUAUAACAAAGACUAUCGGUUUACAAUUGCGCCAAUUGUGUCGCAGACACGCACCUCAAUUUUGCUUCAUACCAGGUAUUUUAAACCUGGCAUGAUUAUCGCCUCACGAGAAUGAAUACAAUUGGUUUCUUCUCGUCAAGUAAGCUGGUCUACUAUUCAGGAUGUCGUUGAUACAAGUUGAAGAUUUGGUGUCAUACCAAUUACGGACCAGCUACCUUAGCGAAAUUGCUGAUGGCGUUGGCGAGCGCCUCAUUACGAUCAACGAUAGUUUCCUUAACACUGCUCCUUUCAAAGCCGCUGGCUGGCGAUCAAACCCAUCACAUAUCAAGCGAACCCACUCGCCCCCGAUACCUACUGCUAUUGCCUCUGAAUACUUCCAGGCUGCCCCGAGAUCUACAGGCUUGACGCUCGAGGAUGAGGCCGAAGAAGGGGGCAUGCUGACCGGUGGCGGAGAUACAUUAGGACCGGGAAGCGCUCUCAAGCGACGCAGGGAAAGGCGCCGAGAGCAAAUGGAGGAAGAUGACAGUAGUGACCUGAGCGACGAGAGUGACGACGAUACGGAUCAGAGGGCUGCACAGCAGAUAAGAUUUGCAAAGAUGCCCCUCCGAAGUCGAGCUGGAUCCUCGCCUAUCCAAUCGUCCAAUCUGCGUCAAGCCACUAAUAUGUCAUCUCCACGUACUGCCCCGGUACCUCGACGAGGAUCGCAGCCUACUUUGGAGACCGUCAAGGAACGGCCGCGGCGGGAUACCGUCACCAGUAGCGAGAUCUCGUCCGACAACGAGUUUGAUGCUUCGGGUUAUCACAAAAAUAAGGAAGCCGCAAGAACGAGGGCAACAAGAUCACACUCUAGAACUACCCUAGAAUCUAGUCAAGGCAUCAGACAUCAUGAAAGUGACCUGCUUGCCGAAGAAGAUGAGAACUCUGAUAUGUCGGACACUUCCUCGGCGUUUGUCGAGAGUGUUGAUUCAACUUCUAUCCUGGAUACAGUUGAGAACCCAGCAGUUGGUACCUCUCCCGGCCAACAGGUGGUCGGCAACGUGCCGAAACAACUACUACGACAGUCUACAAUCAGGAAGCCAGCGCCACCAGCGCAGCCACAGGUGCUUCAAGCUCUUCCACCCCCUCGACCUAUGAGUACUAUUAGGCCUCUAAGCAUGGCUCCACCUCGUAGCCUUCUCUCAGAUGCCUUCAAGGCGAAAAAUAAGAAGCCAGCUAUGCCUUUUGAUGCGUUCGCAUCCCUGUCAGGCCAAGGAGACCCUGAUCCUCUUAGGAUACGAAUCUAUGCCCCGUUCUCCGAAGAUCCAGAGACACCUUUUGAAGUCCCUAUAAGACGCAAUAUCCAGGAGGCGGAUGGAACAUUCAGACCAGUGACCGUUGCCGAGUUAAUUGGCCUGAGUCUAUGGAGGUAUCAUGCUGAAAAGCUCCAACCUCCAGUUCCUGCCGAUAAGCUGAACGUGAAUUGGUGGACUUUACGAAUGGUCGAAGAAGGUGGCGAGGUUGACGACGAUUUCGAGCCAUUAGAUCGUAAAAAGCCUGUGAAUUCGUUCACUACGGCAAACAAUAGAGCAGCGAGAUCGCGAUCGGCUUCCAAAGCCUAUGAUGAAUUUGCCCUAGUGCAAGCUUCAGAGGCCGGCUUCGCGGAUAAUCAAGCCCAAACACCACAGUACGAACAACAAGAUGUAGCAGAGGCCGUGAAUAACGAAGAAGCAACCCCAAAAAGUACGCCUCAGCCACAGGUUUCCCCUCUAGCGGCAACGCAUCCUCGGUCGAAUCCCAUUAUUACUACAACCUACCGGGUGGACACGCCCCUAGCUGAUAAGCCGCCGCCUCAAGCCUCCGCCCCGGCUACGAGUAGAGGACAACAUAAGCUCCUAAAAGUGCACAUUCUAUCAUCCAAUAUCGCUCCGGGGCAAAUGGUAACCCUUGAUGUUACUACGGAUAUGUAUCUUGCUGAAGUUCUUGAUCUAGUUUGCCGUAAGAGGCAACUGGAUAAGAACACUCACGUGCUCAAACUCCCCGACUCUGGAGCUGUAGUUCUCGUAGACCGUACUGUUUCAUCCAUCGGCAAUGUUGAGGACCUGGAACUUCAUCGUCGUCGAUUUGCAACAGAUGGUCCGCUAACGAUUGGAUCCCCUAGCAGUCCUUCUCCUAAGCCGCAUGUAUGGAACGAGCAACCCCUGAAGGGAAAAAAGAAGCUCAUGACGCCACACCCUCUUGCCCAAGAGAACAUAAUGCAAGACGAAGCCGGCAGCGGUGACGUCAAGUACAAGAAAUACACGGUUUGGCGCAAACAGACGAUGAGAUUUGUUGGUAUGAACGAGCGGAUCCUCGUGAUCGAUGGCGAGUACGUAUACAUACAACCAUCAUCCGGAGGGAAGGCAAUACGUGAAGGAGGAAAGACCACAACGGUUCACUUCAGCAACGUGGUCGGAUGCAGUGUUUCACGUCGCCAUCCGACCAAUUUUAAACUCCUCGUAUACAAAGCCACAGAGAGCAAGAGGUAUGAUUUCGAAGCCAGGAGUGCUCAAGAGGCAGCAGAGAUCGUACGUGAACUUAAGAAGGGAAUUUCUCCCUAUAACAGGGACAUUUAGGAAAUGCCUUAGGGGGAAAUGCCUCGAGUCCGGACAUCCAAGCCUACCUAGGUAGCCAGAGCAAGUGGCUCUGCCGGUAAGUUUUUAAGUUGAGCUCGUGGUGAUUCAAGAGCAUAUCUGUCUCUUCCAGUAUAUUGGAUAUAUGUCUUGACAAGAUACCGUCCAUUACCUAUGCACCAACUAUUUGUAACUCUAUUCUAGCUCCGUGGAGCUCUGGCCCAUGUUAGUCUAAGGGGUCUAAGGCUAAGUAGUCUGUGGCGGACUGCUCGUCACACAAUACACAGACUUGAAGAACAGCAAUGAAAUCUUUCAUCUUGCUGAGCACAUAUUUAACCAUCAACAUGUGCUCCUGGAUCUUCCUAGCCCUGUAGGAAUAGCAUGCUUCUUUACCAAGCUAGAUUCUUAGAAUAGGUACCUAGCCUACUUAGGUAGGCAAAGAAAUCAUGUAAUCUGUUCGAUG